AUGGCAGUUGAGACUGGAGUGUUCUUUGAUCCAGCCGCAGACAUCCCAUCGUCGGCAGGGAAAGUCAUCCUAGUUACUGGCGGUGGGCGGAUAGGGGCAGAGUCUGUCAAAGCCUUCGCAGCCCACUCACCUGAGCACAUCUACAUCUCUGGACGCAACUCCACCGCCGCCGUAAGCCUCAUAGCCGAUAUUCGAUCGAGAUAUCCCGCUGCAGCACUCACGUUCAUUGAGCUCGACCUCUCAUCCUUACAUUCAGUCGUCCGCGGCAUAAAGACAGGUUUCAAACACGACCGCCUGGAUUUCCUUCUCCUUAAUGCUGGCAUCAUUGCCAAACCACCCGCCCUCAGCAUCGACGGUUAUGAGAUCCAAUGCGCGACAAACCACAUCGGACACGCUAUGCUCACGAAACAAGUUCUUCCACAUCUGUUGAACGCGACGAAGAUGCCAGGUGCAGAUGUCCACGUAGUGAUCACUACGUCCGAGGGCUACGAGCUCCAUCGUCUGAUCAAGGGCGGCAUCGCAUUCGACGAACUCCAAAGCGGCAGCACAAUGAGCCGCACGAUCCUCGGGCCGUGGGCGAGGUACGGACAAUCAAAGCUAGCGAACAUCCUGUUUGCGUUGGAGUUGGGCCGUACAUAUCCGGAGAUCAUGACGGUUUCGGUACAUCCGGGUGUCGUCAAGACUCCUAUGCUCGAUGGGUUGCACGGGUUCAACAAGGUGUUCAAUGAUUUUGGGUGUCGGCUCAACGGAACCAUCCCGGUGGAACUCCAUCAGGGUGCGUGGAAUCAGCUUUGGUGCGCUGCCGGAGCGACGAGGGAGGAGUUGGUUAAUGGAGGUUUUUACAAACCGGUAGGCGUCUAUUGCACAGAGAAAUUGACGCCGCUUGUGAAGGACAAAGACUUGGCGAAGAAACUGUGGUACUGGACUGAUGAGAUUCUUGUAAAGUUCGACGAUGGGAUGAGCAAAUAA